CAGCAGUCUUUAUCAGUAUGAGCCAGCUGGCAAACUGGUGAAACAUUCCUGCUCUAAAAUCCAUCAGAAGAAGCAAAGUCAUCCUCACAAGUCGCUCAGAAACAAAGCAUGCUAACCAUGACUGUGCACCUGCUCCUGGGUCUUCUCCUCUCAUUGGGAGCUCACAGAUCACUGGCGUGCCCCCAUCUUUGCUCUUGUCAGGGUUCUCAGGUGGACUGCAGCAGUAGGUCUAUCACCUCUGACUCCCUGCCCUCCAGCUUCCCUGCAGAAACAGAGGAGCUGCGUCUGCAUGACAACCUGCUGAGCACACUCCCCAAUGGGAUCCUGGAUGACCUGACCUCCCUGUCCUCUGUGUCCCUUCACGGUAACCCUUGGAUAUGCGACUGUGGCAUCCUUUACCUGCGAGCCUGGCUGAGGCGUCAGUCCGCCAGCAUGGGUUCCCACUUGGGGGUCAUCUGCAGCUCGCCUCCUAGCCUAAGAGGCCGGUCUGUGGUGUAUCUGACCGAGGAGGAGGUGCUGGAGUCGUGCCACUACUGGUACUGUAACCUGGCCCUCGCCUCUCUGGGAUCUCUGAUAGUGUUUGUGGUGGUCCAGGCGGCUUUGUUGAUAGCUCUUAUUGCUUUCUUAAGGAGGUUUGAGAGGAUUUCAAAGGAGGCCAAACGAGCCACAGAGGAAAGCUUCGCGGCUGGGGAUGGUCACCGAGAGAAUGAUUAUGAGCGCUUAAAGGACAGCAGCAUCUGAUGGGAAGAAUUUCCUCACUGAAAAGAGUCGGCUUUUUAACGGGUUUAGAAGCCUGUUUGGAUUAAGCUUGGAAAGUUUCUAUGACUGGAUCAAUACUCUUAGAGGAAAAACAUUUUGAUUUUUCUUUUUGGUUUACAGCUUGUGGUAACUGAUAAUAUUUCGUUAAAAAGAUAUUAAAUUGUCUAAAUAAGAGUAUAACAAAGGUUAAAGGUUUGUCAUUUUAUUUUCAAUAACAGUACUUGUUUUUGUUUUUUGUCUAUAUUCUGAAAAAAAACUGGAUUGUCUCUGUUUCAUACAUUUUGCUUUAAUACAUCCAUAUUUUACCUCUUUUCUGUCAUGAUCACAAGAGGGUGGUGCUUAUUUCCAGCAGUCUUGGAGUUGGGUUACACCCUGGACAGCUUAGCAGUCUAUUGCAGAGACACAAAACAAUGCGCACACACAACAAAGAACAACUUAGAGA